CAUCAGGGUUUGUUGCGUUGGUCUUUCGUUGUCGACGUAGUACGGGUGCCCAUGAAUUCAAGGAGCAAAGAGAAGACCUGUGGAAUCCCAAUCAUUGAUGCCAUGGAGACGAUACCCUGGCUUUUAUGCUUCUUCUCCAAUUUCCAACCAUAAGACGAGAUCUUUGUUAGUCUUAACGUAGACAUCUAUAAUUCUUAGGAUGAGAAUAUCUGAUCGAAUGUGUGCAUAAGGUCGCUUUAAGGGGCAUAGUGUAGCUGGUCGGGCUUGAAUCAUUUCAAUUUCCAUGAAUGCUAUGCUUCUGUAUCAUAUACGUUAAACUCAACAUCAAGUUCAUGAUAUAUGCAUACCAAGCCUUGAUGCAACCUUGGACCCUGAAGUUAGGAAGAGAAAGAGGUUUGGGAUGAUAGUCCCGUUCAUAGAAAAUGUAUACAUAAAGUUUUAUUUAUUAAUCAUCAAGUAGGUUAUAUGUUUUUCAUAUGCAUUAAUUACCAAAAUGCCUUUGAUAAGGAAAGCCAAGAACCACCCUUCUCGUGAGGACAGAAAUGGAAAGGAAAAAACAACCUUUAAAAGGAUGAAAAUGCUUUCUUCUUAUAGAAUCAUGAGGUGGUGGCUUAUGAAGGGUCAAACAAUGAUGUGAGCAAUCGACUUCGAACAUCCACCAUGUUUUGCACGAAUUGUCUGUUAGAAUUUCCAAAUCGGUAAAAAAAAAAUCAUUUCUAAAUGCAUAAUUGGUGAUUUUUUCAGGUGAAUAGGAAAGGCCUAUCAUCCAGCAAGGCGGAUAAGUUUUCACUCAAUCCCUUGUCUUCUUGAGGUACAAGGCUUGCUUUCAGUAUCUUGAGAUAUUGCUCCUGCAAUGCUUCAACUUAAACAUUGGUGAUCCAAAGAGGUUGAUGCUUCUCAUAGUCAAAAUAAAAACUUUGGUGCCAAGCCAUGAGACUUUUUAUUUUUGUUUACUUACAUGACAAAACUUGAUCUUCAUUAAGCAGGGUGUCCACUGAUUACAGCAAUAUAUUGAUAAUAGUUUAUGAAACGUAACAUUUUAAUAAAGGUUUUCAAUGAUAAGCAACGGAUUAGUAUCCAGAGAGAACGCUAAUUUCUACCAAGUAGCAGGGUGUGUCUUUUUUCAUUAUCUUCAAAAAACAAACCUUGAGAGAGUAUUAUUUGCAUCACCAGCGCUUAGGAUCAUGCAUGUGACUAUAUAGCUAAAACCCCAUGCAAUUUGUAUAGUAGGAGGGAAAUUAAGCUUGGGCAAAUCAUGCAUAUCUUUUUUCCUUUCGUUCCAAGAGAAAGAUGAAGAUGUGAGGAAUGGUCAUGACUUGGCUACACUAAAGAAAAUUCUCUCUUUCUUUUUUUCGCUCACAUAUAUACCUUAACUGGCGGCCUCCAAUAAUUUAUAAAGUAAUUACAUACAUACAUACAUAUAAAGCUAAACACUUACUUUAUAAAAACUACAUACAUACAUACAUACAUACAUACAUACAAAGGUUAAGGUUAGAGGUUAAGGUUAGCAUGUUCACGGUUGAUAAUAUAAUGACUUGAAUCUUGACCAACAAUAACGCAUGCGCCUAGUCUGGCUGCACUUGACCCCUCUUGGCUUCGGUUCUCACACUAAAGAAUCUAGGAACAUGGGCGAUUGUUGAACUUAAGUUUGAUAAUAGUCAUAACAAUUUGGCACAAAAUUAACCAUGUUUCCCUAGUUUGGUGGAUUUGAAGGCCCUCUGGUUAGCUAGCUCAUUAAUUUCAAUUCCUAUUGAGAAAGCUAAAGGGAGAAUUAUUGAUUGUAGGCCCCAUGCAUUUAUAAAGUCUUCAUCUUUUCUCAAGACGUACGAUCAAUAAUAAUCUAUUUGUACGUUCUCUGUACUUUGACAGACAAACCCAUAGUUACCGACAGCCUCUAUGUCGGUGAGCAAGAGUAUUUCAUCCUACCACAACAAAAUGCCGGCAACUUCUACCCUUCCCCCCAAUCCCUCCAGAGUACUCUACCUGCUUUCGGUGCUUAAGGGUGACACCAUGCUAUACUUCAUACCGCCCUGCUUUCGGUGCUUAAGGGUGACACCAUGCUAUACUUCAUACCGCCCCUAUGAAUAUGAACGUAAUUAAUGGUUUUGACAUUUAGUGUACCAAUUUUCAACAUAUUCACGACUACCCUACCUUUUGAUUGACAUAUCAUUCCCCAUCUUGUGUACUAACUAGUAAUUGCUGGCAAGACAUUUUAUCCUACGUAAGACCUACCCAAAUUGGUCGUUUCUUUCGGUUCUUGUGGGCUUUGAACUAAUUAAUAACUCGAGACAUCUAGUUGGCAUUCAUAAGUUUCCUUUCCAAAACGGAUGCAAUGCUUCUCAUCAUAUAAGACCAACUUUUGGUAUAAACUCAAUUAUCAAGAAGCUUAGUUUCAAUCAUAUUUGGACAGACAGUAGCUUUAGGAAAAAAUAGAAAUUUUGGUAAAUGGCACGACCACCUAUAUCCCCAAAAUAGAACAAUAAGUCACAGGACCAGUGAGGGGAUUCUUCCGCAAUUUUCAAAAAAUUUUCUGGAGGAGCCCUCAUUCACAAAUUUCCAUAUUCAAAGGGACACUCUUAUAUAUAAGAGAGAAACUAUUUGAAAAUAAAAAUAAAGAAACAUUGAGGGGCUGGUGUAGUAUGUGGCUCCGCUCCCCCACUGCUUCAAGCCCUUUUGAAUGGUAAUUGUGAUACAGAGACGAUACAAUACUGUUUUCAUGAUUUAAGCUUGUUUUCAUGAAUUUAACUAAGGGGAUCAUCUUACCAGGAAGGUCAUCAAACUUGUUGUAGUUUCUUGCAGACAUCCUUCGUUGUGAGUCGGUGCCCGCUAUCUUCGCCGGCUUGGCAGGGAGUCAAAUCCAUGACAGCAAAAAAGAUUAACUGACAAGACCUACGCACUGUCUCCAACCCAUUUUGCAUCCCUACAAACUCUUUUGUGUCUGCCAUGAACUGAAUUUCUGGCUGUUUGAGAUAUCAGAUCUCAAAAUUGGCAUAGCAUUUCGAGGGACAAAAGAUUAGGCCGCAGUGUUUGCCUGGUCUGCCGUUAAAGGGCACACCAGCCACAUUGAUAGCAACAAGUGAUCUAGCUUUGCGAAUGGUAGCUCAGUUGCCAAUGUUUCAUGUGGUUGGAAUUGAAAGUGAGAAAACUUGGGGUUGCUUAUGCAACUUGCUCUUUCACCAAAGCCAAGAAUCGGCUACAAAUGAUCUUGUGAUCUACUAAAGUGGGAACUGGACAUAGUGACUCUUGGGAACUACUUUAGCUACAUUGCACUUCAUGUGUGUGGGCACAGGGGCGGACUGAGCUAUGUCGCCAGUAAUGAGCUAUGUCUCAUUACUGGCGAGAGUUUGUCGCACUGCGCUGUCUGAAAGAAUCGGCCCGUGAUAGCUGGUAUCAGAGCCCAGAUUUUGCUCAAUCUGGAGAAGCGAUUGGAGAGGGACUUGCAGAACGUAGUAGAAGAGGACUUGAAGAUCAAGAUCGCAACAAUGUUGUUAGAGGGAGAUGUUGUGGCUUGGUGGAGAUGCAAAAUGUUAGACAUUGAGAACGGGGACUGCACGAUUCGUACCUUCGUCGACUUAUGCAAACAGUUGAAGGGAUACUUCAUGCCCGUGAAUGCUGAAAGACACGCCUAUAGGUUGGUUGCAAACCUGAAACAGACUUGAAACAGACUGGUGCCUUGAGAUAUAUCUGGGCCUAUCAAAAGGUCAUGUUGAAUGUGUCUAUGAUGCCAGAAAAUGACAAACUACACUGGUUCAUCAUAGGCUUCAAUCUUGGGCCCAAGCCAACAUAGAGAGAUCGAAUCCUGAGACCUUAGAGCAGGUCUAUGUGGCAGCCGAGCACUUGGCCGACACCCAACGCAGAAACUACACAGAUACCUUCAAGUCUACGAAGGAGUCUGACCACGGCGGUAAGAGGGAGGAAUGUCGAGACAACAUAAAUGAAUCAUUAUCCCAGAAGCCAGCCAACAGAAAACCCUUCUUUCGCAAGGACAACAAUGGGCCAUCAAGAGAAAUGACUUGUUGGGUCUGCGGAGGAGAACACCCUACCGAACAUGCCAAUGUCGCGAGGGCCACCGAAGGCGGGACUGAAGAAGGGGAAGAAUCGAGGAUUGGUGCACUUCAGCUUCUCAACUCACUGAAACGUGAAAAGAAAGCCAAGGUGACGACGCUUCCAGGGAACUCAUGUAUAUUGAGAUUCUGGUGAAUGGAACGCCUACAAUGGCUAUGAUAGAUACGGGUGCCACGCACAAUUUUGUCUCAGUUGUGAAGGCGAGGAUAUUAGGCCUCACCCUUGAGAGGGGAGAGUUGCACAUGAAAGCAGUCAACUCAGAGGCAAAACUCAUCCAUAGAGUGGCUCGUGAUGUGGUUGUGAAGAUUGAGAGUUGGUCAGAAAAGCCAACUUCUCCGUGGUCCCGAUGGAUGGUUACUAGAUGAUUCUCGGCAUGGAGCUCCUUAGUGCAGCGAAGAUGGUCCCGAUGCCACAUUUGUGUAGUGUCAGCAUUAUGGAUGAGAAGUCUCCUUGCAUGGUGCCAACGGUAACACUGAGAAAAGACAAGGGUAAGGUCGCGAUGAUAUCUGCGCUUCAAUUGAACAAAGGCCCGAAGCACGACAACGGGAUGGACUUGGUGGCAACUAGGGAAGUGUCUAAAAACUCUCCUAGUUUGGUCCCAGAGGCGCUUACGCCUGUCUUAGAGGAAUUCGCUUGGACAAUGCCUGUGAAGCUCCCUAGAUAGCGGCCACCUCGACAUAUAGUGGGCCAUGCCCCUACAAAAUUAAGGAAACUUGUAGAUCAAAGACGAGGGUCGAUGGAAUUUCGAGGCGGCAACCAAGUCCUCGUGAAGCUUUACGCAGACUGGGCAGACAUCUUUCGUGGGCGACACCGUGCACAUAUCAAAAAGUAUGAAGGGCCAUUUACUAUGGUCCAGAGAAUGGGAAAGCUAGCGUACAAGUUAGAUCUCCCGCUAGACUUCAAGGCGCAUCAUGUGUUCCAUGUCCGCAACCUUCAACCCUUCUAUGCUGACGCUGAAGACCCGGAGAGAAGCUAGUCGCGGCGAGAACCAAUCUUGCAACGAGCUGCUUCGACCCGGAGGACCAUCGACCGACAGUUGGACCAGAUCCUUCGGCACAACAUAACUACCUUGGGGAACCGAAGCUGAUACUUGGUCAGGUGAGUAGACGAAGACCAGCCAACUUGGGAGUAUGUCUUUCGUUUGAAGCAAAGCCAUAAAAGAAGUCAAGGUCUACCACGAAGCUGCUAGCGUCGAGGAAGGCGCUUGAUUUGAAGGGUGGAGCAUGUUCCCCUAUGUCUAGAGUCUGUAUAGUCUUUUGCUUUGCAAUGUACUUUCUUUGCUUAUGUGGAGUUUUGGUGUAAGCUCUAGUGUUCACCUGUACCGGCUCCCAAAAUGGCCCUAAGUGUAAUAUGAGGAUUCUUUGUUUUGGAUGGUCGGCAUGAGAAUUCUGUAAGCGGCUUUGGUCAUCCCUUGUAAGUAAAGUGUAAAUGCUUACUUGUUUUUCCUCGUGAUGUACUCAUAUGCUUAAGUGAAUAUAUUGCGAGUUUUCUUUCCUCACUCUUGUGCAUUUUGUGUCUUGCGUUUUUUAAAAGCGUUCAAGUGAUUUGCGCCCACUUGAACGAGGCGAAGGCUUGCGGCUUACUAGCGAGGGUUUGCCGCGCCGCGCAGUCCGAAAGAGUCGGCCCGUGACACCUAUGGUAUUAAUUAGUUUUGUAUCUCGAAGUUCAAAGAAAGCACUUGCUCACCAUGAUUAGCAAAAUAUGACUACAAAAACAUGCUAUUUCAAAUAUUUAUUUGUAAAAUAGUAUUAUAUACACUGAUAACUCUACUAUCGUUAUUCCUUUUAUACUUAUUCCUUUUAUACUUAUUUAGAAAAACCUUUUAGUGUAUUGUUAGAUAUGCAUCGAUGCCCACCCCUGAGAUCUUUUAUGUGAAAUUUUGUACCUUAGUAUAAGUAAAUUAUAUAUGUUGAUUGAUUUUUUUUUCUUAAUAUUUACUUAGGAGAAAUUGCCCUGAGUAUAAAACCCUCAAAGCUAUACCCUUAUAUUUCUAAGUUUUUGGCGUGCUUUAAGGACUUCGCUGGAUCAAUGAUAUAUCUUUUAAUUCAAGUACCGUGUUUAUCACCGUUUGAAACCUAAAAGAGUAGCACAUUAAAACGUGAUAAUAAUCACAAGAUUCGAACUUCAGAUAAUACGGGCCACCUUGCCACCUGGUUGUGCUAGGCCCAUUGAGACAUAUGUUAAUGGACUUGCAUUGGUUUCUUUAUAAGCUCUAUCUAUGUCAAAUAUCUUUAUACAGGCUCACUUGGGUACAUAUAUUGGCUGAUGGAAUCUAGGGUAAGAACCGGAUCCGAACGAAGAAUUUUAUACCAAUAGGCGUCAAGCACGUAGAGGGGAGCCAAAACCUUAACCGAAUUAACAUAUGAGGCUUUAUCAGAAUCAGUUUAGUUCCUUACCCAAUUCCGCAUAUUAAUGUACCCGACCCGAACUGAAUUGGAGCCCGCCCAUGUUCCCGCCAAUGUUCCACGCUUGUUAGAGAAAUUAGCGCUCGUGAGCUAACACCGAUGAGCACCUAAAUAUCAAGGCCAAUCACUGCAGUAAAGACUACUACUAAAACGUGACCAGGACUCGAGUUCCAUUCCAUGUCCUUCUGCUUUCUCCCCUCCCUCCCGGAAUCCGUCCCUCAUGGCGUCCUCUUCGACGCAAACUCUGUAUCGAUUCCUUAUCAAUUCAGCAAUCCAACGGUGCCGAUCCAGCAAUCGGCUGUGCCGGGUUUCAAUCGUCGUCAAGAGAUGUCUUGAUCUCGACCUAAGGAUCUCAGUAUCGGAUACUGGAGAUAUGAUCGACUUAUCAGAGUUUCAAGUUUUGGGCAAUCAUGAAUUCUGCGGUUUAUGGGAUGGAGUUCUGUCAAUUGCUACAACGGAUGUACAUGAAAAAGAGAUCUAUAAUUACCGUGUGGAUGCAUUUCAAACUACCUCCGCAAGCAAAUUUGUAAGAUUGCCAUCGACAUUGAAAAAAAGUGUCGAAUUCAGUGGUACAGAUGUAUCUCUCACCACCAAGGACGACAAAGAUAUUUGUGUGGCAUGGAUGAUGCAAUUUUGCAGGAAGAUGCUCAUAUUGAAGAUCCCGAGCAUCACGGUUGAAUUGAUUGUGGAACACAUGGUUGGUUCCACCUCUAGCGAUACUUUAGUAUUAGCAAGUGAAGGUGUUACCUUACCGUUAUCAACUUCCAAUAUUGAGCGGCUUUCCCUUGGCAUGGAAGAUUAUGUUUUCAAGCACAGAAAUUCUACUGAUAUGGGUUGCUGGAGAUGCUAUCCGAACAGAGAAAAUUUGAAGAUUGGAACUGGUCUAGCAUAUGAGAUGGAAAAUCUGCCGAAUGAUAAUCAGAUGGUAGAGGCGGUAAUCGUGGUUGCAACUGUGCCAGAUUAUUCAGAAUCUGAUUGCUCACUCGAUUCCGUCGCAAAGGUUUUAUAUUUCGAGAACUUUGUGCCAUGCUCAAUGCCUACAGCAUUAUUAGGUUCACUGGCAAGAAUCAAUUGGAAAGAUUAUGGCUUGGCUAUCAAGUCCCAUCUAGUGGAUGACCAUGGUGACGCGGUGAUCGAGUGGGAGAACUUACAGCCAUUUACAACUGUGGAGCUUGCGCUCCAUUGUUACCAUAAAAAAGUUAAGAAAUUGGGGACACACAAGAAAAGACUCCCAGAAAGAAGUCUCGUCAAAAAUGCAAUGAAGCUUUCCCUUGAUGAUCUAAAGGCAAAAUAUCCAGGGUUGUUCCUCAGCCCCCACGCUGUCAAGAUAAAGAAGCAUGUCCCUGAACUUUCAAGGACAAUUGCAGGACUAAUACUAUCAUCUAAUGAUGAUCAUUUCACCAAAGAAUGUGCCGUGCUUCUUGGUAUCCAGCCUUCAGAUCUUGGUAAGGAAGGCAGAGUGGAGUCCUGUGUUAGGGAGAGGAUCAUGAGCAUCAUCGAAAUGAACGACAUCAAUCCAAGGAAAAGAGGAAGAGAGGAAGCAAAUCUCCUGUUCCAUGAGGGCGGCGGUAACAGUGGAGAUGAUGAAGGUGAAUGCCUCUAUGAGAAUGAUUAUGAUGACGCCUCUCUGAGUCAAUCAAGAACUUGAAACGAUCCAUGUGCACUCAAACCAUGUUGCCGAUUCUCAAUAAGAAGGUAAGUGAUGGGUUGCAGUUGGCUAGCCAAGCUUGCCAUGGAAUGGAAAAGGAGGUCACCUGUUUGGACAUGACCUGGCAUCCGCCGUAGAACAUAAUUGUAAAUCUUGUAAUUGACGCGUUUCUAUCAAGUGGUAAUUGUAUAGUAAUUGAUCAUUUUUUUUCUCUUAGUACUGGCGAUAUGAAGCAGAAGACUACGCUGCUUGAGAAACCUACCUGUUUCGGUGGCCUCAUGCUUGAUUGUACAAA